CUGCUGCAGCUCGGCCACGGUCGCGCCCCGGCCGCAGAGUUGUAUAGUCUGGAAAUAACCAACAAUAGUCCCAUCACAACGGGAGCUCAAGCUACUGUUCAGGCCAGGCUAAGAAUGAAGAACGAAAACGUCACAUCAAACUCGUAUCACUUCAACUGGGUUUAUGCUCCUCUGAUUCUGAUAGAGAAAUCCGAGCAGAGGUUUAGCUCUGUAAUUAAUGUGACUGGUGAAUUUCCUGGCACUUUCCCUGUGUCUGUCUGGGUGACUCACAAAAACUGUUGGUUGUGUCGGCCGGUUGCAAGAAACAUCACGGUGCUUCAGAUUACAGAAUUUAUCACAGGGAACCUCACCAUUGCCCAGAUAGAAGACAGCAGAGUUACCACACAUGGUUCUAGUUCCUCCACGGACACAGUGACCCGGAUUUCUUUCUCUCUUCAUGACCCAAGUCAUUACUUCAAGUCAGCAUCAUUUGUCUACAACUGGGAUUUUGGAGAUGGAGUUUACCACAUUACCAAGGAACCCUUUGUCUACUGCAACUGCUCCUCCAAGGGGAACCGCACAGUGCAUCUGAAGGCUGUAGCUGAAUGGGAGCAAACUGGAAGCAUCAUACACGAAAGAGAAACUAUGCAGAAAACUGGUGAUUUUACCACAGCUCUGGAGCUCUUGGAUGCUGUUAAAAGUAUUAACGUAGUGGGCUCCAGAGAGACUCACGUAAUGGAAAACUUGAAUUUAUCUCUUCAUAUCAAUGGCACGCCACCACUGGCAUUAUGCUGGCUUAUAAAAUCCGAAUGCAUUCCACUAGAAGGUGACAAAUGCCAUCUGGUGGAGAUCAGCGGCUCCUGCUACAACCUCAGCCACACCUUCAGGGACGCGGGGCAGUAUUGCCUCAGUGUCAGGGUGGAGAACGGCGUGACGAUGCUGCAGACGUACCACGGGAUCAAAGUGCGGCCAGCAGGAAUCCACCCAGCUUUCUUUGUCCUGCUCUGCACUGCUCUGGUUUCAGUGAUGCUGGUACUGGUGCUGUACACAGCUUUUCGAAGUAACACCCAACAAAAAGAUCUCGUGGAGGUAGCUGACUUUGACUUUUCUCCACUGUCUGAUGAACACCGGUCCAAUCAUUCCAAGUCAGGCUGUGGCCCACUGUGUUGCAGAUCGUGUUUUCUUCAACCAUCAAAAGAAGCUGCCUGGGAGAGUCAUGAACUUCUACAUUCACUUUACAAGCCAGUCAAAAUGUACACGCUGUGAAGAACACAUUUGCACUUUGGUUGCACUAACUGUCUAACUUUCUCACUUAGGCUAAGUCAAAAGCCUGGUGCUGCAUGAAUGGUUUGGUUUUGCCAAUGCAAUGAGGUUCACCACUUUAAGUCCAGCACUUGACUACUUCAUUCCCUGAACUUAAAAAGAGCAAGAAACACAGUAAAAGCAGCUUUGUAUUUUUAACUUACACAGAUGUGUACAUUUACAGCUGUAAAUGCAGCAUUUUAUUAUGAAAGAUUGUUUUAUGUGCAGGUUUGCUAAAUUCACUACCUCUUGUAAUUUCUCUGUUCUUUCUGUUGUCUGUUUCAAAGAAAAAAAAAGCCUAA